CCUUUGUCGGGCUUCCUGCCUUCUCAUCGCUCCCAGUUCCGGCAAAAGGGACAAUAUCCCACCCAGCCGUCCUACCCCGUCCAGUCUCCCGCCAACCCCGCCGUGUACCCACAGACUAUGCCCCUUCCACAGCCACCGCCCUACACAGACGCACCUCCUGCUUAUUCCGAGCUUUACCGUCCCAGCUUUGUGCCUCUGGGGGCUGCCACCGUACCGACGAUGUCUGCGGCAUAUCCGGGCACUUCUGUCUUCCUGCCCAUGGCCCAGUCUGUGGCCGUGGGUCCGAUCGGCUCGUCGGUCCCGAUGGCAUAUUACCCCGUGGGACCGGUUUAUCCUCCGGGAUCGACAGUCCUUGUUGAAGGUGGCUUUGAUGCUGGAGCAAGGUUUGGGGCUGGUGGAACAGCCAGCAUCCCUCCCCCCCCUCCUGGCUGUCCCCCCAAUGCUGCCCAGCUGGCCGUAAUGCAGGGAGCCAAUGUCUUGGUGACGCAACGGAAGGGAAACUUCUUCCUGGGAGGCUCAGACGGCGGCUACACUAUCUGGUGAAGAAGGAAGGGGAACGGGGGGAGAGGGGGGGGGCUACAUUUGUGUAAGGAAAGACAUCACAUACUGUCAGCACUUCUCACGAUGUAACUGCU